AUGAAUAUCUCGGGUACCCUAAACGUCUUCCGGCUACUGAGAGAUCCAACUCUGUGCUUGCCUCAACAUACUGUCUCAACAUUUAAUCAUCUCCCCAUUCCUUUGUCCAAAGCUUUCAGAAAAGAUGGGGUUGCUGGGCAGAAAGAGGUAGACAUUCAAGCUGUAGUACUUGACAAAGACAACUGCUUUGCUGUGCCACAUACCGAUGAGAUUCACAAACCAUAUGAAGACCAUUUCCAGCGCCUUCGACACGCUUAUCCGGGUACGAAACUUCUAAUAGUCUCCAACACGGCUGGAACGUCUUCAGAUAAGGACUAUGCUCAAGCUGCUGUCUUGGAGGCCAAUACCGGGGUCAAAGUUUUGCGACACUCCACCAAGAAGCCUGGCUGUGAGGAAGAGGUCAUGGCUUACUUCAGGGCACAUCCAGAUUCUGGCGUAACUAGGCCGGACCAAAUCGCUAUUGUAGGUGAUCGCUUGUCCACGGACAUCAUGAUGGCAAACAUGAUGGGUGGAUAUGGAUUGUGGAUCAGAGAUGGAGUGCAGGGACGGGGAUUUUUUGCGAGAGUUGAAGACAGGCUACAGAACUUCCUCUUCCGAAGAGGUUAUGCUGCGCCUGAUCCUAGCCGAAAUCAAUUUGAGUAG